ACGAACUCACAUUUGUCCCACCGAACUCUCUAAAGGUCACUUUCCACUCCAAUAUAAACAAACAAACACAUCUCCAAACUCAUACUUGCUCUUUCAAACUUUCCACUUCUUUUCAGUUCUUUCUCAUUCAUUCACUUCAUUCUUGUUCAACUAAUAAAAAUGUCAGCGGUGAAUAUGUCCACCAUGAGACUUCCGACAGCUUCUUUGCACGGAACGGCUUCCUCUAGGACAUCUUGUGCUCUUCUGAAGAAUCCAUCAACUUUGAGAUCUGUGAAGAAUGUGUCCAAAAGAUUUGGACUAAAAUCUUCCUCAUUUAGAAUCUCAGCAAUGGCAGUAUACAAAGUGAAACUGAUUCAACCAGAUGGUACAGAGAACGAAUUUGAUGCCCCCGAUGACUAUUACAUUCUGGAUUCAGCUGAAGAAGCUGGAGUGGAGCUACCUUACUCAUGCAGAGCUGGUGCAUGUUCUACCUGUGCCGGCCAAGUGGUUUCGGGUUCUGUUGAUCAGUCUGAUCAAUCUUUCCUCGACAAGCAGCAAAUUGAGAAGGGUUAUCUUCUCACAUGUGUCUCAUACCCAAAAUCAGAUACUGUGAUCUACACACACAAGGAGGAAGAACUCUGCUAAGUGAUAUAUGAUUUUUGUUAGUUUUGCUUUGAUUAUGUGUCAUGUAGCUUAUUAUUGUGAAACUCUUGCUGUUUGUGUAACUUAAUGAUCAUUGUAGGAAAUAAAGAAAGGAAACAAUUUAUAGGAGAUAAGUUUGUUUUUAAAAUGUACUAUUACUAGUAGCCUAGUUUGAUGCAGUGGAAGAUUUAUUCUCACGUAUAUGCUGCUGUGGCAAUUGAACUUUGGUGUGUAACUUGGUCUUCUUCUUUUAUAUGUUAUUAAAACUUGGAAGCAUCGGAUUCCAUCAAAA